GCCACAGCUGUUCCAUCGUCAUCUCUCUCUCUCUCUCUCUCUCUCUCUCUCUCUCUCUCUCUCUGUCUCUGUCUCCUCUGACUCUCUAUCACACGCUUUAUCCUCACUAUAAUCCCUCAUCUCACCCAUUCCCAGUCUCCAAAUAAAUCGCCUCUAUCCGUCCUUCUUUCUCCGCCAUGCCUGCCACCACGGCGGACACUCUUUCCCUCGUCCAGCGAACCGUCACGGUUGCCCCUUUGGUUCUUCUUUCCGUCGCAGAUCACUAUGGUCGCUCAGCCAAAGGCACUCGGAAACGAGUGGUCGGUGUGCUGCUAGGGGAGAACUCGGGUCAGACUGUCCGCGUGUCAAACAGUUUUGCUGUCCCUUUCGAGGAGGAUGAGAAGGAUCCGUCCGUGUGGUUUCUUGACCACAACUUUGUCGAGUCGAUGAGAGACAUGUUCAAGAAGAUCAACGCGCGGGAGAAGCUGGUCGGAUGGUACCACUCGGGCCCGAAGCUGCGCGCCUCGGAUUUGGAGAUUAACGAACUCUUCAAACGGUACACACCCAAUCCCUUGCUGGUAAUCGUGGAUGUUCAACCAAAGGAAGUGGGCGUGCCGACCGACGCUUACUUUGCCGUUGAUGAGAUCAAAGACGAUGGUACCACGACUUCCAGAACCUUUGUCCACACCCCAUCCAUAAUCGAAGCAGAGGAGGCCGAGGAAAUAGGAGUGGAGCACCUGCUCCGUGACAUCAGGGAUGUCGCUGUUGGGACACUCUCUACCCGGAUAACUUCCCAGCUACAAUCGCUGCAGGGCCUGCAUCUGCGCUUGCGUGAUAUUGGCCAAUACCUGCAAAAAGUGCUCGACCAGGAAUUGCCUGUCAAUCACGCCAUUUUGGGCAAUCUUCAAGACGUGUUUAACCUUCUUACUAAUUUAUCGACCCCUGCUGCAACACCGCGCAUCAGUGGUGGCGCCCCAGAGCAACAGACGGACAACAGCGAGUUGGCACGGGCCAUGAGCAUCAAGACGAACGACCAAUUGAUGGCGAUCUACCUAAGUAGCUUGAUUCGCGCCAUCACCGCCUUCCACGACCUGAUCGAGAAUAAGAUUCAGAACCGGCAACAACAAGAAGAGAACGAGCUGAAGAGGGAGCUGGAGGCCAGUGCGGCCAAGGGCGAUAAGGAUACGGCUAAGAAGGGUAAUAGCGCCGCCAAUGGAGAGCAGAAGGAGGAUCUCGAGGGAGCCAAGGAGACAUCGAAGAAAAAGAGUUCAAGAGGAGAAUAGACGAGCCUGGAGGCAACGCGAUACGAUCAAGCACCUAAGACCAAUACAUUUUACUCUAUGGAGAUGUCGUCCCGGUAGCCUUGAACACGGCUGAUCAUGAUAACAUAGGGUUGUCUAUGGAGGGGCAUCAAUCAUGCUGGAUAUCUAUU